GAAAUGAUAUUUUGUUGCCUGGACUUGUAUAAAUUUACUGAUAGAUAUUCUGGACAUCAUAUAAUUGACUUUAUGACCGAAUUGAUAAUAUACCUAAGAAAAAUUGGCUACACCUGUAUUCCACCUUUUAAUUAUAUUUAGUAAUAAAGAGAAUGUUUAACUUCACUUAAUUCAAUUUGUAGAAUACUUAUUCUUUAACGAAAGAAAUACAUUUGAUCCUUGAAGCUUUAAUUUCAAAGCACUUUAGAAAUUUCUUUUAGAGCUGGUAUCAUCCUCCAAAAUGACCGGGUACUUAAAAUAAAUAACCGAAACAUUAUGGACAUGCCAGAGGAUGAACUGAAUUCAUGGCAGAAAGAACUCGAUGUGGCUUCUGAAAUCUUGUUAUCCAUUGAGUUUGAUGUCGAAGAGCCAGAAGUUAAAUCCGGAACUUUCAGAGUCGAACUUCAAAAGGUAGCUAAGAUUGGAAUCCAUUUCAAAGCCACCAGAAGAGGUUCACCAAUGGUCGUUUCGGGAGUAACUAAAGGAAGUGCUGCUCAUCGAUCAGGGGCUAUCUUUCCUGGAGAUGAAAUUCUCUUUUUUGAUUUCGUGAAGACGGAAAAAUAUGAUCCCUGUACUUGCGAUUAUACGCGGAAAGAUAUGUUGCUCUUAACAGUUCACAGAUCUCCUAUAGAUACAAUUACAGAUAUUCUGCAGAGUGAAAAUAGAGCUGAAAGGAAAUUCCAUGAUUCUGAAGAAGAAUCUUUACUGAUUACUGAAAAUUCUUUCAUUGUAAAAAAGUCUUCUACCCGCGCAACUGAUCGAAAUGGUACGGUUAUUUUAGAAACUGAAGUCAUCCUAUUCAAAAAUACAAAAUGUGGAGGUUUCGGAAUUCGAAUUGGUCAGGAUAAGAGGUCUGAUAGAGUUUAUGUGAUGGAUAUCAGACACGACGGGCCUGCAUAUAGUUGUGGUGUCAUACAAAAGUUCGACAGGAUUGUAAAGGUGAAUGGUAUACGGGUGGAUAAAAAUUCAGCUUUGAAGGUGUUCAAAGAAGCAGGUAAUUCCGUACAUCUUUCGCUGAGAAGAAGAUUGUACUUCGCACCAAAUGAAUGAUCUAAUAAGAUCUGAUAAGUGUAUAUUUAUAUUACAUUUUAAGUCUAAUUAAUAAAACGUGUU